AUGAUGCUUUUUCGUACAUACAAAUACACGGUGCAAUGUGACAUACGUCACAUGUACCGAAUGAUAGCUAUGCACCCUGAGCAUAGGCGCCUACAAAACAUUCUGUGGCGGGCCGAUGACACUUUGCAGUGUUUACAAUUACAAACCAUAACAUAUGGAUUAAAAAGCAGUGCCUACCUUGCCACUAAAUGUCUUGUAGAGCUAGCAAAAAAAUAUAAAGCUCAAUUUCCAUUGGCCAGUGAAGCUAUCAUUAAGAACAGUUAUGUUGAUGAUGUGCAGGGCGGCUCAGAUACACUUCAGGGAGCUUUACAACUAAAAAGUGAACUUAUUUCUCUCAUGAGUAAAGGUAGCUUUCAAUUACAUAAAUGGAUUUCCAAUAAUACAGAAAUAUUGCAAGACAUACCUCAGGAAAAAAUUGGCCUUACCAAGCGAGACAUUGAUCAGGAUAAAUCAAUUGUUAAGAUCUUAGGACUAUCUUAUGAUGCCCGAGAGGAUGCAUACAAGAUGAGUGGCCGUGUACUCACCUCUCCUGAGGUUCCCACUAAGAGAAAUGUACUUAGUUCUGUCAGCAGACUCUAUGAUCCAAUGGGUUUUGUCGGACCUCUGACCGUCAAAGCAAAACUUAUUUUACAACAGAUUUGGCAAUAUGAUUUAGAAUGGGACUCUCCCCUGCCACCUGAAUUGGUAAAAAUCUGGCAAACAUUCUAUAAUAAUUUAAUUAGCAUGCCUAAUAUGACCAUACCACGAUACAUAAACUUGUCUGAAGCCAGCAGCGUACAGCUCAUAGGAUAUUGUGAUGCAUCUGUUGCAGCUUAUGGCUGUUGUAUAUACAUCAAGGCAGUAGUAAAUGGCAAACCUUACAUACAUUUACUUUGUUCCAAGUCGAGAAUAGCUCCACUUUCAUCUAAAUUGACAAUUCCAAAGCUUGAGUUGAACGGGGCCCUCCUACUGGCCAAGUUGGUAAACCAUGUAGCCGCUCUACUAAGUAUAUCAGAUGUUCAUUUGUUCAGUGACUCAAAAAUUGUAUUGGCCUGGCUCGACUCCUCUUCGCUUAAGGUACCAGCCUAUAUAGGCAACCGUGUAAAAGAAAUAAAUAAGCUGACAGACACAAUGUCAUGGAAAUAUACUCCUGGCCUCCUUAACCCUAGUGACAUCUUAUCACGAGGCGCAGAUCCUCAAGAAAUAAUUAAUUGCAGGCUGUGGCGUCAUGGCCCAGACUAUUUGACAGAAGGCAAUGAGUACAAUUUUCAUGUGUCAGAAAUAAGUCCACCUCUGUGUAGCAUAGAACUUCCAAGCUCAGAUGAGCACGUAGCAUUAAGUGCCACUGUAAAUGACAAUGUUAUUGAUCCAUUUUUUGAACGAUUUUCAAGCCUUUUCAGAAUGAUCAGAGUAACUGUAUACACAUUGAGAUUUAUAAAUAAAUGUAAAGGAAAAUCAGGUUCAUCAAACCUAAUUUCUGUAAAAGAGUAUAGAGAUGCCUUGACUUUAAUAAUAAAAUGCGUGCAAAGGCACUACUUUCAUAAUGAGCUUUCAUGUAUUGAGAAGGAUAAAGCUAUAACCUCCAAUUUGAAAUCACUCACCCCUUUCAUUGACUCGGCAGGCCUUCUUCGCGUGGGUGGAAGGUUGGACAAUGCCACACACUUAGAUUUUUCAAAAAAACAUAAUAUAAUUUUGCCGAAGCACUGCCAUGUAACUAAAUUGAUCAUUACUCAAGAGCAUUUAAUGCUCAAACAUGCAGGGUUAAAGCUUGUCCUUAGUGGCCUCUGUCAAAAAUAUUGUAUCAUCAAUUCUAUAAGAGAAGUAAAAUCUGUAAUAAAUAAAUGUAUAACAUGUUGUAGGAUGAAGGCCACUGCUAGUCAGCAAAGUGUUUUAUGGUAAUGAUGGUAAUGUAAGAGUUGUGGAGGUACAGACCUCAGAUAAAAAAUUGCAUUCCCGUGCUGUGUCAAAAAUUGUGGUCUUGCCAAUAGAGGCAUAGCCAUAUGUAAUGUCAAAUUGUAAGACAAUUAUGUAACGUUAAUUAAAUAAUAAAAAUGAUUGUUAUUUUAGUUAUAGCACAAGCAGUGCACCCCUUCUUGUAAUGAAAAUAAGGGCUUUAUAUUUCUUUAGCUUAUGGCUAUAAACUUAAUUAUAAAGUCAACAGUUUAAUAAUGUUUCAUUGUAACAUGUGUAUAAUGUGAUUUUGUUGUUGCUUGUAUUUCAUGUAGAGUUUUAAAAGAAAAUUGCUAAGCAUUAUUGUCUGUUAUAAUUCAUUAUAGUAAGAGUUAUUUCUGUUUCACAUAAUUGUUAGAUACUAAAAAUAGACUGAUUUGUUGACAAUAAGACUGAUGUCUGACUCAUUAAAUAAUUAAAUUCAUCAUAGAUGUAACUUGAUCUCAUAAGAUACCUAAAGUUGUAGAACAUAAGUGUUAGUUUCAAUAGUAUUAUUAUUCAUAUUCAAUCCUUGCAUUUAAAGUUGCACUGUUCUUAAUUAUUGCUUAAUGCCUUGCUAGUGUCAUGUUUCUCUUUCAAAUCUCUGUUUAAAUUUGUUUCGCCUACUUAAUAUUAGUAAUCUGUUGGUCUCAAAUAAGCAUUUGUGCCCCGCCCCCCCAGUUUAUGUGUGAAACACACCUAAUUAUUAAGUCCUAGCGUGUAAAAACUGCUUAAACAGAUUUCGCCUCCUGCGUGUGGCAACAUUGAACU